AUGAGAAAAGGAUUGAGGGCUGAUAUGGCGAAUGGAAGGUGUCGUUUAUAUGGCAUUUUGUUAUUGUGUUUUACUACUCAAGCAUCAAAAGGAUCCCGUGCAAAAGACCUCAAUGUACUCUUUAUAGUUUCCGACGAUCUUAGACCGUCUCUUGGUAGUUAUGGGAAUGAGAUCGUACGAACACCUAAUCUGGAUAAGUUGUCAGAGCGUUCGGUUCGAUUCACAACAGCAGCAUCUCAGGUAGCGGCUUGCGCUCCGAGUAGAACUUCUUUCCUGACUGGCAGAAGACCUGACACUACUAAGCUCUUCUCCAACAAAAAUCCUACUUACUGGAGGGAUAGUGUUGGAAAUUUCACCUCGCUUCCGCAACACUUCAAGAACGCUGGUUACCUAACUGCUUCUGUAGGCAAGAUUUUUAACCCAGGUAUAGAUCACAAAUUAAGAUGUCUCGGAGGUGACGUAGAUGGAGCUAGGGCUCCAGAUUUUAUCCGUGUUUACUGAAUAACUUGAAUGGAAUAUCAGCAAAGAAUAUAUCUUUGCCUGUGUACUGACGCCUCCUCCCCUCAAGAAUAAUCUCUCUUUCUAUCCCCGAUUUUUUAGGGGAAGGGGCGUCUUUUAAAUAGGCUAAAUAUAAAUACGUAUGUGACCAGGGUCAAAUGCAGUUUCUCAUAUUUUGUAUAAUGAAAACCUACAUUGUAGUUAAAUCUAGUUAAGUUAGUGUGUCAUGUCGGUAGUAAUAGAAAUCAGGGUUACAUAAGCUGCGGGGCUUUUGCUCAGGCUUAGAACGUCGACAAGAUGUUUCGCAGGCACCGGACUACCGCUGAAUGAAUUAGAGUUUUUGUGACAAAGGUUAGGAAAGUGAGAGAAUCAAGUUCACUUUGCCCUGUACAAAGGCGUACGGGCAAUUUUUUGUCAGGGGGGGGGGCGGUAAACCAUUUGCCCAAAAAAAAUUGUCGCAAGUUGCCCAAAUUUUUACGAAACAGUAGAAAAGAAACGAGGGCCAUACGAUGCAAUAAUGUAGGCCAUACUGGCACUGAAGGUGGCUCGAUGCUAUGACAGUUUUUCAGGGUCAAUACCUCCCAAUUUUGAGAAUAACUACGUUGCCAUAGGCAAACGUUUGGAAAAAUUGCUACCAUAGUUUUAUUAGAUAAAGAUGAGAAUUUAUCAUGAGCAGGGUUUUAAUGACAUCGGAAUUGUCAUAGCAACGAAAUAACGCCAUUGUCUAAUUUACUUGCAGCAAUAUUUCUCGGCACUGGGAACUGUUCCUACAAAAUUGUUCACAGGAGCUUUUUUCUCCAAUAGUCGCCUCCUCGAUGUUCGUGAAGUUAAAAAGGAAUCUAUAGGAGUGUUAUUGGGAUAUUUUGGGAUGAAGUUUUUCGUUAUAAAUAUGAUUAAAAAAAAAAUCUUGAUGUUUGGCCGUUAUUUGUAGAAAACGAAGCUCUUUUGACAUGCCAUUUCACCUCAUGGUAGCUUCAAUCUUUUUAAAAACGUGUGUAAAAGAUAUGAUCAUCGAGAUAGCUCCGGCCGAUUGCUAGAGACAAGGAUUUCAUUAGUAUGUAUCGAGGGGCUCUUGUUAGCGGUUUUGUAAACAUUUCGGUCUACUUUAAUAAAUUAUUGCUUGAUAGAUUUUUAAACAAAUUUAAUAUUCUUCUCGUAGUUCGAGCUGAGUACUAGUCAGCCGCUUCUUCAUUUUCACACCCACUGUUGCUGAUGCUAUCUGUCAUACACUGUUCUACGAGCGGAGAUGAUUCUAGAAAGACUGAUGCAGAAGUUUAUUCUAAUCAAUUCACGACUGGAAAGAACCCAUUCCAGUCAGUGCAGUGCAGUACAGUGCUCAACAAAAAAAAAAACUAUCAAUAUGUAAAUCAACAAAUGAUACCCUUCCCUAUUACCAGAAACUCAUCACGUGCUAGGAAACCACUGUGAGUGUCUCUCAGGAUUUUUUCGGAUUAAAAUAGAAAAUAUUUGUCUCUUUAGACUAAUAAAAAACAUGGAAACGUCUUUGAAAACUGGCUUUGCCCAAAUUUUCUCUUGCUGCCCAAAAAAUCUGAGUUGCGCAAAAUUUGGGGGGGCUGCAGCCCCCCUCGCCCCCCCAGCCCGUACGCGUAUGGCCCUGUACAAUGACUUGAUUCACUCAACUUCUUAACUUGAAUCUGUAAACUUCAGAGUGAUCCGGCGCUCGGCGCCCGUUAGGCGUACUUCAAAAAUACCCCAGCUACCGUUAGAAAGUUGGCGGUAGCCACAUUAUUUGAGAUAUAUUUCCACCAGGAUUUCCACUAUCAUUCGUGAUCUAGCCCCGAUUCAGACGUCCUUAACCCUUAGGUCUUCGUCACGCGUUCCUAAGAAAAGAGUGAGGAAUCGAAGCGACUUUGCAUUUUUAUACCCACAUAAAAGAAACCCUGCGUCGUGAAGGGUAGGGGAAGUAGACCUCGGUAGUGUGGUAAAACAAACAAACAAAAACCAACAAAGACAACAACAACAACAAAACACGUGUUCGUCGUUGGUGCCUGUACGUCUAACCUAGACUCUGUUCACACAAUACCGUACAGCUUUUGCGAGACGCUGAGGGUUUGAAACCCUGACCCCGUUUAGGACAAAGAACAAAAUGCACGCCGUCUCGUUUUAAGCCAUUUACAGGCAGAAUUCACGUUAUAGUCAUUGCUCUUGUUUGCUUGGAUUGCAAACAAAUUCCAUCCGGACAGAGAGGUAAAAAAUCAUACCCUUUCCAGCGGCACAUCCCCGUAUAGGCCAUAUAAGGGAGUACCCAAUGGGAACGGAGCGAAGCUGCGCCGCGCCGAUUACUGAAAUGAAGAGUCACAUAUCGGAUAGAUGUACUGUUCACACUAAACCGGUACAAAAAGCUAACUGCUACAAUGUGAAUGUAGCCUUGGUAUUGCUGUAGAAUGUCCACACUAGCUUUCAAGCUCAGCCGCCAUGCAUGAGGUUGUAAUGACCUGCUUUCUCAAAUAACUGAUAAGGAUCACAGGUGGCCCAAGUUCGAAAUAUAAUCAUCGGCAUUGUGGCAUAACGAUUAAAAAUCGAAGGAUUUGUAUGGGAAAAAAAAACAAUUGUUUCUGUAGCCUAGCUGUAGCCUAACCUAGCUUAAGUUGUGUGUUUCUUCUUUCCUGUGUGGUUUACAAGCCGAUUUAUGCCGGGCCAUUCAAUGAGUUUUACUGGAAAAGGUUUGCACCUGUGUGAAUAUUCAUAGUCCGAUAGGGAUCCGCCACGCGUAAACAGUCAAACGAUUCCCCGCAAUGGAAGUUGGGGUAAACAGGGACGAAUGUAUUUAUUGCAUGACAGCUAUAUGCGUUAACCAAUUUCUACCGAUUUCUGAUUUUUCAGGAAAAUCAUCUAACUUCACUUAUGAUUACCCUUACAGUUGGUCUUUGCGACCUUAUAUUCCAUCGGCGGAAAAGUUUAAGAACGCGAAGGUGAGUUUGGUUUAGUCAAUUCUUACCGAAAAAGCAAUGCUUCUUAACAGCUCUCUGAUUUAAAGGAGACUGUGUGAGGAAAAACAGCAUACAAAACUACGUAGACUUGCCACAAGUCUAUGCGCCGAAGACGUGAGGGAUGCUCGCGAAGCGGGCGACGUAAGUCGCAACCGGAAAAGGGCUUUGAGAAAGUCUAAAGACUACGCUGAAUAAUGGUUACUUAUUGAACUAAGAAUUGCAUUUCGUAGGUUUGUAGUUGGGUUAAGUGUGAUAUUUUGCAUCAUUCUUGUUGAACUUCUAGUCAAGGGCCGUGUCGAAGUUUAGAUAUAUCAAGUUUGCUUCCAAUUUUCAUCUGUUCAUUUCCUAUUUUAAGAAAUCCUCGUCAACUUGGGAACUUGACGUGACAUUUGCCAUAACGGUCCCGUUUCAUUCGACCCGUUCCCAGACACUUUGUACUGACGCUGGAUACCAGAGGUUUUUCCUGGCGUGCGGUGAAAUUUGUCGGUGUCGGUCGAAGGGCGACACGACACGGCGUUUUUGGGAGCGCAGCGGUUCACUAUGAAAAUGGAGUUUAGGGCCUGCCCAGUACCCAGACGUCUCUCUCUCUCGAUGAAAAUUGGUUUUACCCUUCCCAUGGUCCGUUGCACGUGGUCACCAGUUACUCGCACUCGCGUUUCGCGCUCGUCUCUUUGCGAAACCAUGCGAAAAACGAAGCCCGUGAGGAGGAGGCUGGGUUAGGGCUGUGUUCACAUCAGGGUCCCUUGUCUUAAAAAGGGAAGCGAAAUGGACAAUUUUGUCUUAAACAGCGUCAGGGUUUGAUGGCCUCGUCGUCAAAUCUCUACCCAAACUUCCCUUUCGUGUCCCCUAGGGGGAAGGGGUAAAACUCCGCAGCACUGCGCACUGUCCUGCGCACUCGUUUGUAUGACAUUUAUCGCAAACGUAUGACAUGCCUCACUGAUGUUUUUCACUAAAGGUAUGUCCAGGAGUAGAUGGAAAAUUGCACACAAACAUUGUAUGUCCAGUUGAUGUGUCACAACAACCAGAAGGAACAUUGCCAGACAUUCAAAGCACUAAAUUUGCAAUAAACUUCUUGAAGAAUUACUCACUGUCUCAAGAUACGGCCGUCAAUCAACAACCGUUCUUCCUCGCUGUCGGUUACCACAAACCUCACAUUCCCCUGAAAUACCCCAAACAAUUUCUGGACCUGUACCCGCUGGAAAAGAUACAUAUCGCAUCUGAUCCGUUACUUCCUGAGGCUAUGCCAUCAGUAGCUUACCAGCCAUGGACUGAUAUCCGCUGGAGAGAUGACAUCGCAGAUCUGAAUCUGAGUUUUCCUUAUGGACACAUGCCUGAUUUAUACGCCAGGAAGAUCAUUCAAAGUUACUUUGCAGCCACAAGUUAUCUGGACAGUUUGAUAGGAGAGCUUCUGGAUACUUUAGAUGAGUAUGGUUUUGCUAAUAACACUAUUGUGAGCUUUAUCGGAGAUCACGGUAAGUUUGAAUUUCAUAAAGUUCUGUGUAAACGUAGAAUCACCUUGAAAUCUGUUGAGUGUCUCAGCCACACUUGGCCAAUUGGGGCGUUUCUAAUAAUUGGUUUUUACUAAACUGGUGAAAUGGGUACCCUUUGUCAAUUGUAACAAUUCCCCAUUGCAUACAAUAGACCUUGUUAGCUUGUAUGUUUUGUUUUCUCACUUGAGUCCUAGCGGACUUGAAUAACGUCCCAUGGCACAUCAUUGAAAACGAGGAAGACAUCGACGACGCCGUGUUUAUUUGGAAUCACUUGUUUUCUGAAAUAGCUGACCUGCAUGCGCCCGUGAAAAGGCGAAGAAUACGAGGUGUUCCGCUCCCGUGGUUGAAUGAUACAAUCAGUGAGGUGAUGAAGGAUCGUGAUUUUCACCAUCGUAAAGCCGUGAAAACCAAUUCUGCUUUUCACUGGGCUCGCUAUAGAAAGUUAAGAAAUAGGGUCAAUCGUGAAGUCAAGGCAGCAAAAUCCAAGUAUUAUUGUGACUUGAUUUUAGAGGCUAAAGGGGAUUCAGGAAAGAUCUGGAAGGCGGUGAAUGAGGUGUCUUCGCGCAAGACUAAAUCCUCGAGCCCACAAUGUAUCGUAGUUGAUGGUGUUGAACACACCACCCCAGCNUUGAGACCACGUUAUAUGGUACCCCAGACAACUGUUUCUUUCAAAUGUCGUCAUAUGCAUGCUUAUGUCCACCUGCUUAUGUAUGCAUAAUUUAUGAAAAGACAAAUUCCCUGGGCCGAGUUGUUUGAAGGCCGGUUAGCGCUAACCCAGGGUUAAAUUUUAACCCGGGUUUCUUUUUCUUUUCAUCAAAAGCGUUUUCUCAGAAAAUUUUCUGUAUUCUAUUUAGAGUAUUUAAUCAUCAAAUUGUAGAAAAAAGAAUUAAACUGAAUUUGCAUUUUAAGCUUUCAUAUCUGAAUUCAAAUUUUGUACUAACCCUGGGUUAUGUUAACCCGGCUUUGAACAACCCGGCCCUGGAGAAUAUCACUUGUUCUGAAUUGGGAAAACAAAACACACGAGCUGUAAGGGUCUAUUGCCACAUUACUAUGUUCCAAGCCCUUUAGCCUGGAUACCAGUACACCUUGUUUUUACUACCUAACUUAAGUUUUCUACACUGCGCUCAAAUGAAACUGUCAGCCAGGCCAUAAUCCUUGUUUAUGGAGGCUGUUUGGAAGAAACAACUCUAGAAGACAGUAUUAAGUAAUAUAUCCCUGAAUUCAAUUUCCAAGGUUGGGCCUUAGGUGAGCACUUGGAGUGGGCGAAGUACAGCAAUUUCCGAGUGGCUACUAAUGUACCCCUGAUGGUACAUAUGCCUGGUUUAACUGACAGAAGAGAUACAGAUUUAAAUGGAAUACAGUCUGCGGGCAAGGCGUCCAAUGCACUUGUGGAAUUGGUGGAUUUGUUUCCAACUCUUGCAGAUCUGGCAGGGAUUGAGAUACCAUGUAAGUGUUUCUUCCAGUCCUCGAUAAAACUGCUAGUAUUUCGUGUACACCCUAGCCUGUAGAUAGACAUUGUUCGUUUUAACAAUUCCGCAGUGUGCGAGCAAAACGAGCACGCGAGAGCAAGUGCGCGAACGUGGCCAAUAAAUCCCCCUUGGAGUUUAUUUCCAUACCCGCGUUCGACGAUCCUUAAAGAGAAAAUAGAGGGUGUGGGAACGGGCUAUGCACACACAACAUUACAUCAAAGCUUGGCCUUGGUUGUUCAAAUGAUGGAUUGCACUAUCCACCAGAAAUUCAGCGGAUACGUAUUAAGAAACCCAUUGCAUCAUGCAUUAGAUAAAGACUGUCUCUAGUAAACAGUGCCUUCAAUUAGUAUACAUCGACUCUUACACAAAGUAAGUUUGCAAGUAGCGAAAGCACAGCGCUAGGGCAAGAGUUUUGUGUCAAUUAAAGAUGAAAGCAGAUGCAAGUACCCUUCUCAAACUCAAAGGCACAGCGGCUCCUGAUCAUAUUGCUUCAUUUGAAAAAAUAAUAUUCUAAUGAUACAUUCCACAGCUUUUUGUCCAGAGAAAUCAUCCAACAUGACCCUGUGUUCAGAGGGACUUAGUUUUGCCCCGCUCUUAAUGAACCCCACCAUGCCAUGGAAGAAAGCUAUCUUCAGUCAAUACCCAAGGUACUAGUAAAUUAUAUUAAAAAAAGCGUAUUGACAUACAUUUUUUGUUCAUUUACUUCUCUAACCGAGGGUUUUAAUUAAGGUUUAAACCACGUAUCAUAAACGACAGGAGAGUUAAAAAUGGUUUAUACUAUGGAGAGAGAAUGAAACUUCAGGGGCGUUGCUAAAACUCAGCCUGUGACCAGGCUCCCAGUUAGGAAAAAGGCGAAAAAAAAACUUGGCAUUUUUUUUCCUUUUGCCGUGUCACCUUGUUUUUUGCCUUUCCCUCUACUACAGAGCCUGGUCCUAGACUAACCAAAACUUAUUACCGCUAACACUACCAUUUUGUUUCAGUACAAAUUAAAAUCAAUUCCUAAUAGAAAAAAAAAAUAAACAGCCUCUUUUCUUUCUCUGUAUCUUAUGCUGCAAGUAAUAUGGAAACCAAGAAAUUUCACAACAAUUCAUUAUUAUACUUAUUUUCCAGAGUUGUGCUAGAAAACUUCCUGAGUUUUCCAAAAAAGGUAGAAAAAUGAUUUUCAAGGAAUUGCCUCUUUAUUAUUUAUUUAUUAUUUAAAGACCAUCAGAUAAACCGCAAGAAAACAGUUGCCAACCUAUACCAUCUGAGAUCACGGUCAUGGGGUACUCAAUGCAGACAGAUCAGUACAGAUACACAGAGUGGAUACAGUAUGAUCAUAACACACAGAAAGGCAACUGGUCACAUGUUCAUGCCAGAGAACUGUACCUUGAUCACAAAGAAGACAGGAAUGUAGCAAACUUGCCUGAGUAUUCAGAGCUUGUUAAAGAGUUAUCAAGUCAGCUUAAAAGAGGGUGGAGAGAUGCCUUACCAACGGUCAAAAACUAAAGGUCAAAAUCUCAGUAUUCAAG